UUUCGCCCUGUAGCGCCAUGCCGACGCCGGUCGUUGCUUCGUUCGUCGAGCUGGCCUCGGAUACAUCAUCGAGCCAUGCGCUACCGGAAGGCCAGCGCCGGUACCUGCGCCUCGUCGACGCCCGGUCCUGGCACUACUCGAUUGUGUGCAUCCUUGUGCUCGACUUUGUCGCCAACUGCCUCGGCGUCGCAGCCACAUCGACUGAAACGUACGCUGACGGAAGCGUGUACCUGCGGUGCGCGUCCUCGGCCUGUCUGCUCGUCCAGGCCGUCGACCUCGGAGUCCGGACCUUGGGCCUGCGCAGCAAGCUCGUCGCGUCGCGGGCCAACCUCGUGGACGCAAUCGCCUUCUUGCUGCUCUGCGCCUGCCUCGCGUGCCGCUUUCGCUUUGCCGACAACAUUGAGGGCGCGACGAUCACCACGGAUGGCUAUGUCGACAAGUGGCACAUUUUUACCAAGUACAAACUGCUGCUGUACGAAGCCGAUAUCGCCCUCGCGUACUGCUUUCUCACCGUCUUGCGCAUCCUUGUCAAGCCGCCAGCGCGCACGUAUUCCAAGUCGCUGCACCGGUCGGCCAAGCCAGACCGCGUCUCGAUCGCGUCGCUGCGGGCCUCGAUCCGCCAGCUACCGUCCAUUUCUGCGGCGUCGGUCGAGAAGAUGGAGACGGAGCUGCGCAUCUUGAGUGGCGCCGACGACGGCUACAUGCUGCCCGAAGCGUUCAUGACCUUUGUCGAGCGUGCGUAUGCAUUCCGGCCCAACACGAUGACCGCCAGCGCGUUUUUGUCGCAUUUCCAACAAGUCCAACUGGUCGACCAUGCCGCCUAUGGCAUCCGGGAGGUCAUGGCGUCGACGUUCAAGCACUGGAGCAACCAGCGCUGGUUUCUUCUGGCAACGAUGCUGGUGGUGUGUGUCUCGGCCUCGAUUGUACCUCUGCUCUCGUUUUACCUCAAGCUACUGACCGACGAGGGUUUUCCGUCGUACGUCAAAAAGACCAUCGUGCCCGACUGGGACUAUACCACGAUGCUUCUCACGGGCACACAAACGCUCGGCGUGUCGCGCAAAUUCAAAAACUUGACACGUGGCGCCAACAACGAAGAAGUCGAUCUCAAGUUUGUCGCGUACGAGUCCUUUCUGACUGGUAUCAUUGGCAUUUUGGCCAUCUGCGUGCCCUUCAUCGCCGCCGACUAUGCCAUGGGCUUUUUCCAGUCCAAACUCAUUUCGCGCGCGACCAAGCACCUCCAGACGUCGCUGCUGCGUGUGAUUUUGCAGCAGCCGUCGAGCUUCUUCCACGACCGGUCCGAAGGCGACCUCAACAACCUCUUCCAAGCCGACAUUGCGCGCGUCAACGCCAUGUGGCAAGCCGUGUUUUGGAACUUUCUUAACCCUGUCGUGUCGAUCUCGGUCGGGUUUGUCUACUUGAUGACGCUCGAGCCGAUCAUUGGCAGCUUGGCGUUUGCGUUUGCCAUCAUCAUUGUGACGUCGGGUCCGCAAGGCCGCGCGGGCAAACGAUCGCAGUACUUUGGGUCGCAGAACGCCCACGUCGCGGCCGAUGUCCAGAACGCGAUCGCGUGCAACAAGGUGGUCCACGCGUACGAGAUCCAGGCGCCGAUUCUGGCCAAGUUUGGCGCCAGCUUUGGAACGCUCCGGAGUGCGCAGUUUGCAAAAGACUUUUGGAGCGGCAUCGUCCAGAUCUACAUUGAGUCGGCCAUGUUUGUGUUUGUCAUGGUCAUGACCAUCUGCCUCGGCAUCAAGACGUACCGCGGGGACAUUACGUCUGGUGAGUUUUUCGCGUGCUUGACGCUGCUCAACCGCAUCUCGACGCCGGUCACGGUCCUCGGCGGCUUUAUGCGCGUGGCCAUUGGCAACGCGUCGAGUCUCCAGCGCCUCGACGAGAUCCUCGUCCAGGCGGAUAAGACGGCCAAGCAGCUCCAGCAGUCGGACAUGACGCUGCCAGAGCUCCCCAAGAUGCAGCACGCACUCACUCUCGACCAUGUCUCGUUCAAGUACGACGCCGAGAGUCCGCACUGGAUCCUCAAGGACGUGAGCGCGCUUUUUAAAAAGGGCGAAUACGCGUGCAUUGUGGGUCCGAGUGGCUGCGGCAAGAGCACGCUCCUCGGCUGCCUCAUGCAGUUUUACCCGAUCUCGGCCGGCGCGCUCCGCCUCGACGCGUACGACACGCAGCACUACUCGAAGGCGAGUCUGUCCGACCAGACCGCGGUCGUGUUUCAGGACGGCGGCGUUCUCAACGGCUCGAUCCUCGACAACAUUGCGUAUGGCCGGGAUGGCGCGACCCGUGAAGCGUGCUUGGAAGCGGCCAAGCUGGCCGAGUGCCAUGUCUUUGUGGACGGUCUCAAGGACGGCUACGACACGAUCAUUGGCCAGCACGCGGUCGUCAACCUCAGUGGCGGCCAGAUCCAGCGCAUCUGUCUUGCUCGCGCGCUGGUGCGCCAGCCGAGCCUGCUCUUGCUGGACGAAGCCACGAGCGCGCUGGACCCCGAGACCGAAGCCAGCAUUGUGCAGACGCUGGAGAAGCUUGUGCGCUCGCUGGACAUGACGAUUAUCUCGGUCACGCAUCGCAUUGCGACGACGCAGAACGCCGACGUCAUCUUUGUCAUGCAAGCCGGCGCGAUUGUCGAGCGGGGCACGUACAACGAGCUGCUCUUCAAGCCCAAGUCGGUCUUUGCAGAGCUUGCCAAGACCAAGGCAUCGCAAAAGACCGAUCGCUUUAUCCGGUUUGGCUCGCGGGCGUCCAUGGGUGGUGACCCGUCGACGACCUUUGCCGCCGUUGAGCGUCUCGCACGCGGCCUCGAGAAUCGCAGCAUGAUGGAACAGGCGCGGUCGCGUACCGGUAGCCACACGCCAGGCCGGAUUCGGUCCCAGAACGGCAGCCAGCUUCGCGGCACGCACCUCGACGUGAGCACGCCGAUGCUCGAGCCUGUGAGCGGGAACGUUCGCUUACAUGCGGACCGAGUCGCGCCAGAGUCCGCCUUAGCAACGUGA